GACCGGCUGCCUCCCGGAGCCACAGUUUCAGCAGCCGCGAGGACGCGAGCAGAUCAGGCGCGUACGCGAUGCUCCUCGGACCAUAAACACUCCGUUCACCUGCUGCUGCUGAUGCUACUGAGCUACUGCCAAGGAGAUCCGAGCCACAUCGAUACACUGAGUUUAUUUCAGAAAACAACAACAACAGCAACAACAAUAUAAACUAUCCGUUAAAGUGGAAGCGCCAGGAGCGCAGAGACGCAGAGACGCAGAGGAACCGGGAAUAGGACACCACCACCACCACCACCACCACCACCACCACCAUCAUCAUCAUCAUCCCUCUCAACUGAGAUUAAAGAGGAUCACUCUGUCCUCUGUCUCUUUUUAGGAAACAACCAUGUCCUCGUCCGGGAAAGAACACAGUGCCGCCCAGCAUGCCAAUUACGUGGGACCGUACCGCUUGGAGAAAACGCUGGGGAAAGGACAGACAGGCCUGGUGAAGCUGGGAAUCCACUGUGUAACGUGUCAGAAAGUCGCUAUAAAGAUCGUCAACCGAGAGAAACUCAGUGAAUCUGUCUUAAUGAAGGUGGAACGAGAAAUCGCUAUUCUCAAGCUAAUAGAACACCCACACGUUUUAAAGUUGCACGACGUCUACGAAAACAAGAAAUAUUUGUAUUUGGUUCUAGAGCACGUGUCUGGAGGAGAACUGUUUGACUACCUGGUAAAGAAGGGGAGAUUAACACCCAAAGAGGCACGCAAGUUCUUCAGACAGAUCAUCUCUGCUCUGGAUUUCUGUCACAGUCACUCCAUAUGCCACCGGGACCUGAAGCCCGAGAACCUGCUGCUAGACGAGAAGAACAACAUCAGGAUAGCAGACUUCGGCAUGGCCUCGUUGCAGGUGGGGGACAGCCUUCUGGAAACUAGCUGUGGGUCACCUCACUACGCCUGUCCUGAAGUUAUUCGGGGGGAGCGCCUGGGAGGCAGGAAGAAGGAUGGGGGCAUCUUUUUCUUUUGUGGUUUGUUGAUCUGCGUUUUCCUGCAGGGAGCACUGCCGUUUGAUGAUGAUAAUUUACGAAACUUGUUAGAAAAAGUGAAGCUGGGAGUUUUCCACAUGCCACACUUUAUUCCUCCGGAUUGCCAGAAUCUUCUACGAGGAAUGAUCGAAGUGGAUGCUAGCAAACGGCUUACGUUAGAACAGAUCCAGAAGCACACGUGGUACAUCGGGGGGAAAAAUGAGCCGGAGCCGGAGCAGCCCGUGCCGAGGAAGGUGGCGAUCCGCAGUCUGCCAUCGGCUGAUGACAUCGAUCCGGACGUACUGGAGAGUAUGCACUCGCUCGGCUGCUUCCGAGACAAGAACAAGCUGAUGAAGGACCUGCUGUCAGAUGAUGACAACCAGGAAAAGAUGAUCUAUUUCCUGUUACUAGACCGGAAGGAGAGGUAUCCAAGUCAUGAAGAUCAGAACCUCCCACCACGCAAUGAUAUAGACCCCCCACGGAAGCGUGUGGACUCCCCCAUGCUGAACCGACACGGGAAGAGGAGACCAGAGCGCAAGUCCAUGGAGGUGCUGAGUGUGACAGACGGAGGGUCACCAGUGCCAGCGCGCAGAGCCAUCGACAUGACACAGCAUGGACAGAGGUCACGCUCUAUCAGCGGAGCAUCCUCGGGUCUCUCCACCAGUCCGCUCAGCAGUCCAAGGGUGACCCCUCACCCCUCCCCCAGGGGCAGCCCUUUGCCCACUCCCAAAGGAACUCCUGUCCACACGCCGAAGGAGAGCCCUGCGGGAACGCCGACCCCCACGCCACCUCCCAGCCCCUCCAUUGGCGGCAUGCCCUGGAGGACACGUCUCAACUCCAUCAAGAACAGCUUCCUGGGCUCUCCACGCUUCCAUCGCAGGAAACUACAAGUUCCUACCCAAGACGAGAUGUCCACCCUCACACCGGAGUCUUCCCCAGAACUUGCCAAAAAGUCCUGGUUUGGUAAUUUUAUCAACCUGGAGAAGGAGGAGCAGAUCUUCGUGGUGAUCAAGGACAAGCCUCUGAGCUCCAUUAAGGCAGACAUAGUGCAAGCCUUUUUAUCGAUCCCCAGUCUCAGUCAUAGUGUGAUUUCCCAGACGAGUUUUCGAGCAGAGUACAAAUCUACGGCAGGUCCCACUGUCUUCCAGAAACCUGUGAAGUUCCAGGUGGACAUCACUUACACAGAGAGCAGCACAGCCACGAAAGAAAACGGCAUCUACUCCGUCACCUUUACCCUGCUCUCAGGUCCGAGUCGACGCUUUAAGCGGGUGGUGGAGACGAUCCAGACUCAGCUGUUAAGCACACAUGAUCAGCCAGGAGUCCAGCAGCUGGCUGGCAGCCCAUUGAGUAACUUCUUUGACGUAAUUAAACAACUUUUUUCAGACGAGAAGAACAGCCAGGUGCUCCAUCCACCUGGUGCACCCAACAGACACCCGCAGCACGAUCCCGAGCCUAGUGACUCUAAAUGCCUGGUAGGAAAUGCCAGGGACAAUGCCAGGAUGGUGGCCUCUGUUGGGACACAGGAGCAGAACUAGAGACCUGUAGAAAUAAUGCAGUCGUUCCCACAUACUGACUUACAUCCUGUCAGCAGUCAUGCAACUAAUCUAGACCCUAUAAAUGUUUGUAUGAUGAAAUGACUGUAUAACGAUGAACAUGCCACGAUAAGCACACACUCUUCUUCCCUCAUGCCAUUUCCUUAGACUUGUCUCCAUUCUCAUCAUCUGUGACAGGCUUUCAUUCUCCUUUGUGUCCACUUUCCUCACUUGUCUGAUGACUUGUUUUUACUACCAGGAAUUAUCCAGAAAAGCUAUUAACACCCCGCUCCCCUGCUCCACCCACGUUCUUUGACGGAGGGCGCUGUUCAUAAAGACGAAAACCCAGGCGCAUCAUCCUUCAUCUUCACCUUCUUUUACCUCUCUCCAAUGACUUUGUGGUCCUUGAGGAAAACAUACACACCGACACCAACAUCCAGCUCCAUGCUUCACCUUCUCCCCUUCUUCUCCUCUCUUCAUCUGCCCUUACACGAUCCGACGUACAAAGGAACUUUUUUUUACGUCUUCAGCUCGCUACACGCACGACAUGUACUACAGAUACAAAUGCAGACAUGCACAACUCUGGGAUGGACUCACAAAGGACAAAACAAUGUGAGACAUGGAGAGGAAAAAAAAAAAAAAAAAAGACUGAUUGUCCCAACGGGAUAAAACUCAUCACAGAUUGUAUUGUCAUUUUCAAUGAUGACUUAAAUUAGAAGCUCUUGAUCUAGAAGCUCUGCUGCAGAAGGACGUAUAUGCCUAUAUUGCUCCAGUGGGGUUGGGGGUCAUGUAGAAAGGAAUGAGCUGCUGCUUCAGAAGCUUAUCUAAAUGAAUCAUUUCCAUUGUACAGACAUCUCAUGUAUAACAAAAUGCCUAGAUGUGCUACUAAUAUUUCAUUUCGUUGUAGAUUCUGACUGAAAUCUUGUGCUACCACACACUAUAUUAUACAUACAGAUUUUUUUUUCUGUUUAUUAAUGCUUUAUUUAUGAAACCUUAGUUUCAAGUAGCUGCUGCACUGAAUCCAGAGUUCUGACAUCAUUCAAAUUAUUUUACGAUUCACAUCUCACGUCACAAACCACCAGCAGUAGAAUUACCGACAAAAAAUGUUGAAUACAUUGUGAAUAUUUUUGUAUUUUUUCUGUAUUUAAUCAUCGUAAUUAUUCAUCCUGUAUGUUUACCUUAAUUUAUCACCGUUCUGAACACGAGUGGAAAUUUUCGGAUUCAGCGAACGUUAUUUAUUUAUGUCCUCGAUUGUUUAACGAGAGAGAUUUUUCUCAUGUCUUGAUUUAGGAGAUUUUAUGUAGACAUUGAAAAUAUUUUUUUUUCUAGCAUUGAAUUAUGAAAAAUGUUUAGUAUAUGUUUUAAAAAAAGGCAUAAUUUCACAGUUAGGAAUGUAGUCUUGCCUAUUUGGGAAGGGAAUGAGCAUCUUGAUAUUUGUCAGUUUCAUUGUGUGUGUACAAUGGAUUGAGACAAAACGCUCCUCUUGAGUCAGUUCUCUUGUAAAUAGACUGAUGUCACCUUCUCAUAUGCAGGAGGUGCUCAGUACAUGCUCUUCUACGCUUUUAACUUAUAUUGCUGUGUGCAUGCCAGACAUCGGCUUUCCUUUGCAUGGCGCUAGUGUAACUGCUAAAACCCCUUCUCUGACCCCUUACUGCUUUCCUCUGUGUUAUUGAGAUAAAAAAUAGCCUUCCUGCCCUUCUUUUCGCUGUUCUUCUAGCCGCUGUUUUGUGUCGUUCUCUCUUUCUUGAUCCUUUAGUGCACUGAGUUUUGAAACGCUUCCUCUGGCCUGUAUCAUUUACCUCUGAUGAAAGAAAUACCAUCAGUCUCCAAAUUCUAGUUUACAGACAUGGGAAGAGUUGUUUUUUGUUUUGUUUUUUUUGUUUUUUUGACAAAAGAAAAAUGAAGCAAUACCUGUUGUUAAUCAUCCUAUUUUAUACAGUAGACUACGACUGAUCAUGUGACUCCAGACUAUAAACGCAGAGCAGGAAUGAACAUGAAGCUGUAAUAUAACUGUGAGCAACUUUAGAACAAGAAAAAAAAACAAAAAAACAAUUGAAACAAUAAACUGAUUCACUUAUUAGGAAUUUGUGUAGCCUGUUUGACUGUGUGUGUGUGCGCGCGUGUGUGUGUGUGAUUGUGUGUGUGAUUGUGUCGCUGUGCGUGUGUGUGUGCGUAUGUAUACUUUGGUUUGUGAUUAUGUUGUGUGUAUGGGGGGGGCUAAACGCGCAUGUGUGUAUGAUUUUGUUGAAUUGUAUGUCUGUAUCUGAGGUGUGUGUAGGAUUGCAUGCUUAAGUGUGUGUGUGUGUGUGUGUGUGUGUGCGUGUGUGUGUGUGUGUGUGUGCGUGUACGUGCUUGCUUUCUCGGGACUGUUGUUGAUCUUUCUUAUGUCAAUAUUUAGCUUCGUUCCAUCU